GAGAGAGAGAGACAGAGGGAGCAAGCAAGCAAGCAAGCAAGCGUGAAGAGCCCUCAGGGUGUUGUGCAUUGGCGUCCCCACCGCUGCUUUCACCAUGGCACAAGAAGCUUAUUCCUUGGCCUUUUUCAGGGCUAUUGCUGCAGAGUUUUUGGCCACCAUGAUAUUUGUCCUGAUAGGCAUAGGCUCUGCUUUAAAUUGGCCCUCAGCACUCCCGGGAGUCCUGCAGAUUUCACUGGCAUUUGGUUUGGCUAUAGCCACUCUGGCCCAGUCUGUAGGCCAUGUCAGCGGGGCACACAUCAACCCAGCAGUGACUGUGGCCCUCCUGGUGGCACAAAAGAUUUCAGGGCUGCGAGCCUUGGCUUAUAUUAUAGCUCAGAUGGUAGGAGCAAUAGCUGGAGCUGGAGUGAUACACCAGAUCACCCCUGCGGAGAUCCGAGGAGGCCUGGCUGUCAAUGGGCUACACAACAACACAACUGCUGGGCAGGCGGUGGCCGUGGAGCUGGUUCUGACCUUCCUACUGGUUCUCUGUGUCUUUGCCUCAACUGACAGCCGCAGAACUGAUAACGUGGGCUCCCCAGCAUUGUCUAUUGGACUGUCAGUCACAACUGGCCAUCUCCUGGGGAUCUAUUUCACUGGCUGCUCCAUGAACCCUGCACGGUCCUUCGGUCCUGCAGUCAUAAUGGGAAACUACCAGGAUCACUGGGUCUUCUGGGUGGGACCUCUGGCUGGUGGCAUCUUAGCAUCCCUGAUCUAUAACGUCAUCCUUGCUCCUGAUACAAGAGGUCUUUCUGAACGGAUUGAAGUCUUAAAAGGGACCUAUCAACCUGAAGAUGAUUGGGUGGAGAACAAUGAUCAGAAGUACUCAACGGAACUGGUGGAGAAGUUCUAACAGUCCUCCAGACUGAUCAAAGGCAAAAUGAAAAUUCCACUCACAAAUAUUCCACUCUGUGCCCUUAAGGGCAUGCUCGUCAGCCCUCAGCUCCCACCCCUAUUCCUCAUGACCCACAAUAUUCCUGUAAGAUUGUAUAUUAGUAUGAAGUCAUGAAUUGUGAGCUUGAUAUCAGGUAGACCAAGGGAAGAAAUAGGACCCCAUAUAAUGUUUGUCUAGUGCAGAUGGGUGAGGGUUGUUGCAAAGUCUCCCAGAUGUAUAUGAUUAGCUGCCAAGGGCUGGCAAUGGAUAGUCCAUAUACAAAGACCUCAAACAUCUCUCUUUAUUUAUUAAGUGGGACCUCUAGCCUGCUAGACAGGCUGGUGUUUGGAGCAUGUGGACUGGUGAUACUUGGAAAGGCAUACAGAGAUCCUGCAGGAAAGCCAUUUCCAUUUUGGUCUGCCCCACUUGGUGGUCUUACUCCCUCUCCCAUCUCUGUGUCAUCACAGCUUCCCUGUGGCUGGAACAGCCUUCCAUUCUCUAUGUGAGAAAAAAUUUCCACAUCCUUCCUUAAGAUCCACUCAUUUAACAAUCCAUUUGCUUACUCAGUUCACACCUGUUGCACUUCCAUUGUCAGCUGAUUUUCCCAUUCCCUCUACUCUA